AUGUCUGUCUCUGACUUGGCCAAUUCCACCGUGCUCGCUGCGCCGGAUACCUACUUUGGUAUCUACAACGAGCUCUCCAAGUACAAUGUCCACUUGAACAUGUUUGAGCGCCUCUGGGCCAGCUGGUACGCAUACAUGCAAAACGAUGUGAUCGCCACCGGUAUCAUGAGCUUCCUCAUGCACGAAAUCAUCUACUUCGGUCGCAGUCUCCCCUGGAUCAUCAUCGAUAGCAUCCCAUACUUCAACAAGUACAAGAUCCAGUCUCAGAAGAUCCCAACCGCCGCAGAACAAUGGAAAUGCACCAAGCUCGUCCUCCUCAGCCAUUUUACUGUCGAGCUCCCCCAGAUCUGGCUCUUCCACCCCAUGGCGAAGGCUUGCGGCAUGGACACCGGUGUCCCCUUUCCGCACUGGACUACCAUGGCCUACCAGAUCGCAAUCUUCUUCGUGUUGGAGGACACAUGGCACUACUGGAUGCACCGCGCAAUGCACUGGGGUCCUCUCUACAGAAGCGUCCACAAGAUCCAUCAUCAAUACUCCGCCCCCUUCGGUCUCGCCGCUGAAUACGCUUCGCCGAUUGAAACUAUGGUCCUCGGCGCUGGAACCGUCGUGGUCCCGAUCAUCUGGGCUCUGUUCACAAAGGACUUCCACGUCCUGACUAUGUACAUCUGGAUCGCCUUCCGUCUUUUCCAAGCCAUCGACGCUCACAGUGGUUACGAAUUCCCCUGGAGCUUGCAUCACUUCCUCCCAUUCUGGGCUGGUGCCGAACACCACGACGUUCACCACGAACGCUUCAUUGGCAACUACGCAAGCAGCUUCAGAUGGUGGGACUACCUCAUGGACACCGAGUCUGGACCAGAGGCUGCCAAGAGAAGACGUGAACGCCGGGAGGCCAAGGAGGCCAAGAAGGCGAAGAAGGCCCAGUAA